AUGCCCAAAAAGCACCAGCGCUUUCACUACAAACCCUCCAGCCAGGCACACCACAGUCUCACAGGGUCAAAUAAGAAUGGCGUGCCUGGGGCAUCUGGGGGCUCAACAACCUCCGUCAACGACCUGAUCUCCCACCUUCGCCGCACACAACCCCCGAGUGUCGCGGAAGAUGGAACACCCCACCGACGCAUGCAAUCAUCCCUGGCUCCCCGUUCUGUUCAUCCAUCUUUGAGAAACUUACUGGAGUUACCCGAAACACCCUCUCCCCGGCCUCGCCCUGGGGCCUAUCGCACCGCUAUCGGCACUCGUCCGAUCCGCCCAACCGUGGGGCCUGCGACACCCCAGAGUUGGCUAGCUGCGCCUGCAGAUGAACAAUCGGCUGGGGAAAAUUUGGGUGAUACGGAUGAUGAUAUGGAGGCGACUGUAUACCGCCUCAGGAGACUUCCUGGUACUUCGUUCCCCAACAACGGAAAGCUCUUGCACCUCGUGCUCAAGAAAAUGGCGCUGAACUGGGCCUGGCAUCUGGAAUACGAUGGCUUGUUCUUGUCCCAGCUGCCGGGUCAUCUGAAGGAUUUGCUCCUCAGCUAUGUAGCUGUGUUUGCGAGGGGCCAGUCCUUGAAUGGGCGCAUGAAGGGCCUCAAGCCGCUUUUCCUGACCCAACAGGAUUAUGCGCAAAUGGCCGACGAAGCCGAAGUUGAAGAGUACGAAACCGACAAGGACUCGGGGGUGAUCCGACUAGAUCUCGGUGGCGCCAUCGGGAAUUGGAUGUCCUUCAAACAGCUGACAAAUGAGUUAAUCACUUCUCACUCGCCGAGCUCGGGAAUUGCUGGUCAUGAAAAAGAGGAGGAUAUCCCGAGCUCAUGGGAUGAAGAGCUCGAUCAUGGUCCCGAGGGCUCGGAGACCUCCUCAUCGGAUGCCGUUCAUGCACCCCCAAUCCCCAAGGAACUGACUCAAACAAUGCGGUUCGAAAACCUUCGUUUCCUGUCAUUGGCACAUCCAAACCCAGCCGCUGCAAGUUGGACAUCUUUGAUCAGUCUACUGUCACGUUUAACGAAAAUUACCCACCUCUCCCUGGCGCAUUGGCCUACCCCGACCCGAACGCCAGGCGCUACAAACACUCGCAUCCGUCACCCUCAGAUCCACUCGUUGACUUUCAGCUACAGCGGCACAGACACAUAUGCUGCCAUGGACAACAAUUGGGCCGAGGCUGCGAGCGUUCUCCGUCAACUGUCCCGAUCUACCUACUGCCUAAAAUGGUUAGACCUCGAAGGCUGCGCUCCCUGGCUCCCGGCUUUGAACUGGGUUGGAAAAGACCCGGAGGGCGUCCCAUACCGACCUGGUGCUGUGGGUCCAGACUGGAAUGGCUCAUGGAGAGAUGUUGAAUGGAUCAGUCUAGGCCCCGGCUGGGUUCCAAACCUGGUUGACGACAACGACGGGCGCCACGAGCCGUCUCAUGCAGUGCGAAAUCCAGACCCGGCAGAUCCCCCUUGGCGCGAGGAAGAACAACGUAAUAACCGUCGACUGAGGAAGCUUGACGCCUACCGAGAGCAAUUCCAAACUGCGCUGGCUGUACGAAAGAACAUUCGGCUCAUUAGGAAAGAAGGGAAGGGCAAAUGGCUUCAAGUAUCACUUGGGCUGGAUGAUGUUGAUCCCCAGAUUGUGAAACAGCUGGUUGGACAAGAUUAUGCGCUUCAUGAAUGA